AUGGGAAACCAAAUCUCGUUUCGACCUUCAGAUUCAAGAGGUAAAGUUGUUUUCUUAGAUGGUUCAGUUCAUGAAUUCGAGGAACAGAUAACUGCGGCCGAGCUAAUGAUGGAUCAUCCACAGAAAGUAGUAGUUGAGUUUCAUUCAGCUGUGAGCCAGAAAAGGCCAGCACCAUUGCCUGCUGACAAGAAGCUAGAGAUGAAUAAGAUGUAUCUGAUGCUUCCGGUGAAGCGAGGGAAGGCUGUUGGUUUAAGCGGCGACGAAACUCGGCGCGUUUUGUUGAUGGUUAAUUCUGUUUUGUGUUCUUCUAAGUUUUUUCCUUGGUUUAGUAGUUUAUGUCAUAGUAGUGAGAUUGUGGAGCCGCGGAGAAAGGAGGAGGAGAAGGAGAAGGAGAAGGGAGAGAUACGUGAUUUUUCGGAGAAUUUUCCGGAAAUAUUGGAAGGGAGGCCUGAUUAUUUGAAUAGGCAGAUUUCAGGGAAAGUAUGGAAGCCUAGUUUGGAUACUAUUAAGGAGAAGAGUAUUGAGAAAAAACAUAGUCAUUGGUUGUUUCUCAAGAGUUUUUAG